CUCAUUGCGUGGCUUCAGUUUGGUGCACCUGUCAAAAUCGACGACGAACGCCUGAUGUCCAAGGAGGGCAAAAUGGAAAAGAGUUUCCUCAAUUUCAAGGCGGCACAUCCGGAGUGGACGCCUUCCGACCCUUCAAGCUCACUAUACCUUAGUCGGAUGGCGGACCUCAGUAGCACAGGUCUCGGACGACGCAAGCUAUCCCGCAAACCAUCUUAUGGAAUGGAAUCUACAAUUCACGAAGGUGAUCGCAAUGUUGAACUCAGUGCGAAGGCCAGCCAGUACGAUCGUGCGCUACAAGCCAGUCAAGCAGCUCGCCAGCGCAUGGGACAGAGCAGGUUUGGCGGCCCGUCCUCAUCAUCCAUCUUCCAAAGCGGUGCCGGGCUCGGUCUGGCGCAGACGGCUAUGCUCGGGGAUUCCCACGGCAGCGCCGGACCACCGGUGUCUGGACACAAUCUGCAGACAAGCACGAUUCCGGAGGAGGACUUGGCAGAAGAUGGAGGUGUGGGCAGCAUGCUGGGUGAAUCAUACGUUGAUGGGCGGAGACCAAAGGGACAUUCGGUGUCCCAGUCACAACAAGAAGAGGAUGAGGAGCUUGAGGAUGGCGGUGUGCUCGGUCUGCUCGCGCAGAUCUACGGCACGGGCGUCAACUUAAAGGGACGAGGAAGGGGUGCACCAAGGGCGAUCUAGAUCCUAAACAGUUCAUCUCUCAUAUUCUGUACUCUCAUCUGUUGCGCAUAAUGCUCUGUAGCAACUCUCUAGGGAUCGUUCGCGACGUCGGGGCAAUGUAUGCAUGAUUCACAAUCUGAGAACGGCCGCAAGC